AUCGAAACCAACAUGCGAAUGAUGCCACCUAGUUCUGAGCUGCGUCUGUUUAGGUUUUUGCAAUGACCAUCAGGAUUGCGAGGCGAAACAUGUUUUUUAUACACACCCCGGAGGAAGAGAAGUGUACGGAGGCGCAGCUGGACAUCCUGAUGAAGAUCAACUCCGGGGAGUAUCGGCUAGUGAAGAAGAACAAGCGCAGCUCCGUGUGGAACGUCUACCGGGAAAUCGCUCGUCCGGACGGUACCAAGCUGAAAUGGCGAUACUUUUGCAUGGGCUGCAAGCGAGUGAUGCAGAGCACCGGGGGCACCACCUCCAACCUGCGCAUCCACAAGUGCCACGUGCGGUAUAUCAAGCAGAACGCCCAUCUCAUCGACGGGAGUCACUCGUACAACCAUGCUCCUGCGACCCCAGCUAGCCAACAAUCGCCGCGCGUCCAGAAACCGAAGAUCAAGCGACAGCCAUCCUACGCCACCCAGUGUGAGCAGUUCUAUGAGGUCACCAUGGACCCGCUGACGCAGUAUAGCGACUUAGAGGAUGACAUAGAGGCAUCUUUGGAAGAGGAGCACACUCUGGAAUCCGAACGUAAACUGGAGUCCUCCUAUUCCAGACCACUACUUAAGCUUUUUUCCGAGGAGAACUUGUCGGUUGAGCCAGUGGAGCUGGAAGAAGAGGCUGAGACUGCGGAGCCGGAAGACCAGAUGCCCAUCGAGCUGGACCUAACUGACGUCCAGCAUACUGCCUCGGACGUUGGCCAUGAGGCAAUCGAGCCCAAGUCAUCGGAAGGUGGCGUCCACUUCGAUGCUAGUGCCAUUUCCGAAGCGGAAUCCUAUGCCAAAGCCUGGGCUCACGCCUUCUUGCGACUGAACGAGGACCAAAAGUUCUACGCCAAGCGCUCCAUCGAUGAGCUACUAGUACUGGGUCGUCUGGAGCGACUGAACAUUUCCACAGUCACAUCCUUGAACUCAAACCUGUAGCACCUCACCAUGCCAAUACCGUAUACAUUAGCCUAAGAAAUAAUUUAUAUUGCAUACUAAAUGAUUUGCUCAUUUAACGUAGAUUGUGUUUACAAAAAAGGGUAAAUUAUGCUUAUAACUAUCUCAAGCCUUUUUUAUAAUACAUAAAUGCAUCAAAAUUGUAAUAAAAUCUAUACAAUACAUAAUAUAUCAUAUUCAAGAGCAUUUUAUGCUUC